AUGGCAAAUUUAACAGGAAAUAUUAUUUUGGCGUUGAUAUUAGUAUGGUAUAGAGAAGUUGGAUCUGUCAAAGUUGGUAUAGAAGCCGAAAGCACUACUGCAAGUUUUCCGAAGCAUUAUCGUUCCUUGGCGUCUAAUGGUCAAACGCUUUAUCUGCACCAAAAUGACUAUGUGACUUAUAAUUUCUGUUUAAUCAAACCAACAUCUGUAAUCUUAGAAGACGUUAUAACAUCAAACGAUGGACCAGCGGAUACCAUCCAAGUGAAAAUUAAUGAUGGUGUCAUUGGAACUUUCCAGUCUGUUGCAGGAUCGAAUUAUGGAUUCAACUGGAACGUGUUCUCACCUUCAGGUCAAAUUGGUCAAACCUUAAACCUUGGAGCCGGCCAACACAGUAUAUCAAUCUAUGUUAUAGCAGCUGACAAUUUUGGCGUUGAAGUCGAUGUUUUUAAAUUUGAUGUUUUGGACGAUGAGGUUAGCAAAGAUACAUUUACAUGUUAUCUGAAGUGUAUUGACACUCUACCAAGUGUAACAGCAUUGCCGGGACUUAUUCAAAGUAAAGCUGUUCAAAAGAGUUAUUCUACAAUGUGCACUGAAGAAGACAACGUCGACGUAGCCAUUUUCAACAAAGGUAUAGCGGAAUAUGAGAUCACUGCUACUGCUCCUUUGUAUGACACCUCUAUGAAUAUGCGACAUCCUGAUACUACAAACUGUCCGUUUUUAACCCCAAUUUACUGGUUGUACGAGGACGUGGUUAUAUCACCGACAACAGCUGCCCAGACUUCGAACGACUCCAUCCUUCAAUUUAGACAAAAAAGUUCCGAUACUACUGAGAUGUUAGUGACUUUUACUCUAAAAGGAAAGAAAAAUGGCUACAUUGAUUCUAAUAUCGGAUCUAAAUUGUUCAUGAACAUGGAACCACCAGCAGUAUCAACGGAAGUGACAGUUCGCUAUCUUCAUAGAAAUGGAAGCGUCAUUACAUUUGAUCCAGUAACCUUUGACUCUUCUGUAACCGCUCAUACCUGGGACGUUCCUGACUUUACUUGGAAAGAAGAUAUUGGCAAUUACAUUUUCAUUGAUGUCAAGUCUGCAAACGGUAACCAGAUUCUCUCUAAUUUUAAAAUGGAAAGAAGAUAUAUGGGUCCAGAUCAAGUAGUUUCUAUCUAUGAGACGAGCACAUUACGGAUAGAAGGCGUUAAGAUCGACUUUUGGUGGCAGGCUCCAGAAAAUAUGGAAGUAACACUGACAACAAGUCAAGAAAUAUGGAACGACAUUGCCUACUUCCGCAUAGCAAACCUCCAAACAGAUGGAUUUGCCCAGGUUUUUGUUUUGUAUCAGGAUGGUAACAUGCGAUUGCUCUAUAAGACACCGUCACAAUUUGAUUGGAUUCCAUUCGGAACAUCGGUCAUCUUAGGACAAACAAAAGUAGAUGACUUCCGACCUGCUGUCUCGAUCAACAAAGUAGACAUCAAUCCACAAGAUUUGACUAUGGAAUUAACCUAUGACGACAACAGUAAGACAACUCUGAAGGUGAUUCCAUCAGCCAGCAAAACUACUUUACAAGUGUACGAAAUGGAUUUAAAGAAAAACAAGGAAACACAUCCUUUCGCAACGUUUCGAUCAAUGUACGUUGAGACUGGUAAUAAUGAUGCCGAUAAUAUCAUCAGUGAUCAGUCCUCAACCAAACGAGUUCUUGGUGGAUCCUGGAAAGAACUACUUGGAAACACUUUCAUGAUGUAUCGACGCUGUGAAUCGAAGCAUCUGACUCAAAGUCCAGAUAUAACAGUUACUGUAACAAAAACAGAACUUUGA